AUGCCACUCGAGAAAAGAACCACAUUUACUCCAUGUAGCAGUGGCAGUGACAAGAAUCCUCUCCAUGUAGUAAUUGCACCCGAUCCACCAGUUCCUAAUCAAAACAUGACUUUUUUUGUUUCUCAACUUACGUCCGUAAAUGUUUUAAAUGGAAUUGUUCAUAUUGAGUUAUAUAAUGACGCCUAUGACCAAUCGAAGUCAUGUAGUUUUUCUGCAGUCAAAGCUGGUGAAAUAUUUUCUAUAGAAUGCAAUCUUGAUUCACUACCAGACACUGUCCAAGGAAUAUCAGCCUUUAUUGAUGUUAGUGCCAAUGUAGAAGAAUUACAGCAAUAUCAAUUUAUGGGCUGUGCAAAGACGGAUUUUUAG